AAGCACCGGGCUGCGCUGCUGCUGACGCCUCCUGCUCCCCCUGGCUCCCAAGGCUGCCUCUGGAUUUAGCUGCUGCAUCAGGAGUAAGCGCCCGCCUGCAAUUCAUCCAUCAUCCCAGGUAUCAUUCCACCUUGUGCAAAUCUACUUUCCAUCUUGGAAAAAUCAUCAUGAAAAUUCACAAGCCAGGCGCUGAAUCUACUAAUCUGUCAUUAAUGUUUGGAUAGCGGUGAUGAAAACGAUAACAACUUCAUCCUUCUCUCUGUCUCUCUGGGUUAAGUCUUACCCAGAUGGAGAAGUGAUUAUAGUCUUCAAAGGUGAUGCUGGAUUCAGUAACACCCAGCACGUUUCUGUCAAACACGAUGGUUUGUGAUCCUCUGAUGUCUUGGACAGAGAUAUUUGGGACAACUGAAGAUGACUAUCCCACCUGUGACCAUCAGACAGAUUCUGAUUCUUUCUGGACAUCCAUCCACCCGGAGCACUGGAGUAAGCACAACGUCUGCGAAUGGCUGCAGUUCUGCUGUGACCAGUACAAGCUAGAUGCCAACUGCAUUUCCUUUUCCCAUUUUAAUAUCAGCGGCUUACAGCUGUGCAACAUGACCCAGGAAGAGUUCCUGGAUGCUGCAGGCAUUUGUGGUGAAUAUUUGUAUUUCAUCUUACAGAACAUCAGGAUGCACGGCACGUCCUUUUUUACUGACUUAGAAGAAACAAAGUUAUCCAACAAGGACUGUGACCUUUUGACCAAGUUGCCACCAGACUCAGGAGUUCCUUCUUCACUUCUCACGUUAUUCUGCAGUUCAGUCCCUGUGCGUGAUAAAGCAUGCAUGAGGGCAGGUGGCAUCAGCAGCCAAGAAUGUCACAGUCAUGGUAGAACAAACCUGCAGAGUUCACAUUUGUGGGAAUUCGUAAGAGACCUCCUCCUUUCUCCUGAAGAAAACGGUGGCAUUCUGGAAUGGGAGGACAGGGGACAGGGCAUUUUUCGAGUCGUCAAAUCAGAAGCCCUGGCAAAGAUGUGGGGACAAAGGAAGAAAAAUGACAGAAUGACAUACGAAAAAUUGAGCAGAGCACUUCGAUAUUAUUAUAAAACAGGCAUUUUGGAACGAGUGGACAGAAGGCUGGUGUACAAGUUUGGGAAGAAUGCCCACGGGUGGCAGGAGAACAAGAUAUGAACUGCUCAGUGCUUCCACACACGCUCGGCACAAAACGCCAUAAUCUGGAUGGUCCAGCUGCAGUGGGCACUUGAGAGAGAGGUUUUCCCCUCCCUUUCUCCCCUCAGCCCAUCCGGACGAAUUCAUUGGAGUCUGCUUCAGGAGACAGGCUACAGCAUCAAAAAAGCACUUGAAUUUUAGAGUCGUUUUUGCCUUUGUGCUUUCUGCCAAGCAGUGCCUGCUAGCAAGCCUUUAGGAAUAUCUUUACUUGCUGCUCAAGUGACAGUUAGAUCCUGCCUGUCUCCCUGUCUCAGCCAAUACGGUCACUGACCAGUAUGAAAUGCCUCCCUGUUCUGCUGCCACUUAAAGGGGAAUAUUUAGAUACAUUUCCCAGUUACGUUACAGUAUUUCUAAAGAACGUAGAAAAGCUUCUUUUCCAUUUGAUGAGAAAAACACUCUUCUGAUCCAUUCCACUCUAAAUCACUGCAUUUCUGAGAUAUGCCAGAAAUCCAUGUGUUGUCUAAAGCUCACAGUCCACUCUCCUCUAUGUGCCUGGAUUUAAUAUACCCAGUCAACCUAGUUAACAAAAAAAUCAAACUCAAUUCUGAAAUAUAUGUAUCCAGCAAUUACCACCUUUAGCUACUAAUUCCGCAUAUAGAACAACACACACUUGAUGCAUUUGAUUAUUUCUUUUUUUUCAUGAAGGUGAAUUCGAGUUACUUCUGCUUUUGGAAGAAGCAGUUCUGGAUAGGGUACAAGAAUUUGCUGAAGUAGAUUAGUUUUGAAAUGUAAAUGAAUAUUUGUGGAGAGGUUUCUAAAGAGCUUUUGCCCACAUCUAUGCAGACAUCAGUUGAACACUUCAGAGCAGCUUACAACACGGUGUUGCACAUACACCAAUAAAAUUAAUGUGUGGUGCGUGCCCCCAGCUGCUCCAUAGAUCAACCCUACAAUAAGCAAAUUUGUUGGAAUGAAAGGCGGUAUCUGAGCACUCAGCUGUGGUUUUUGAAGAUAUCAUAACUAUUCUGUAGUUUCACAGGGAUUGCUUCUUCAGCAUAAUAAAUUUAAGUUACAACUGUAA